AUGGGUACCGGCAAUGAGGAGGUGCGCAAGGCGCAAUCCGCCUUGCGGCAGAUCCUCAUGGCAGCUUCUGGCAUGUUGCCUUGCAACAUCCUGCAACCAUUAGCUCACGAGUCAGGGCCUCUCGACGUGGAAGGCGGAUUGCAUCUGGGCCCCCCUCCCGGUCUGGAGAAGGUAAGCAGCCUGCUGGAGUCGAAGGUCGAAGAGGUCGAAGGGCUUCUUCAGGGCAAUGAGGACGGGAUGGAAUCUGCCAGUACCCGAAGCAGCACGGAGAUCUCCAUGCCCGCAUCUCCGUCCUCGCAGUCUCCGUGCGUGCUUGAGUUACAGGCUAUGCUGGAGGACCCGGUUCCUUUUCCUUCGAUUGGGUCUGCCAAGCACUACAUAGGUCUAUGCAAGCCUUGUGACUUCAGCUGCCGUUCUUCCUGCCGCUUCGGAUAUGAGUGUGCCUUUUGUCAUAUCUGUGGCCCAACGCAAAGCCGCCAGUGGAAGAAGCAGAAGAAGAGCUUCUGGAAGAAGGCCAUCCGAGUGGCUUGCGAAACUGCUCCGACACGUUUCGUCGAGGUCCGUGCGGCCGAAGCCUCCCGCCUGGAAACCACGAGGCGGCUUGGGACUUGCCUUGGGACUUGGGAGAAAGCGCUGACUUCCCUUUUUUUGGGCCCGGCCAAGGGUUGUAGACAGGUCGAGCAAAGCGUCUUCAAAGCAGACGGCUGGAGUCAGCUGCCCAACAAUGCAGUGCCUUUGAAAGAGGGCACACAGGUGUCUUCGCGAUCUGCUUGGCAGGCUGCGGUCAUAAGGACAAGUGACCAGAUUCGACUGGCAAAGAGCCCUCCCGCCGUCGCCUCUCCCGCACUAGUGGUCGGCGACUGCCAAGCUACCAAGCAGAGCCACCUACACCUGAUCUGGGCCAUCGGCCUUCUUUUACUGCAAGGGGAUGGGCCUAGAGAGUUCCGCCCGAGUGCGGCAGCAAAGCGCGGCACGGUGACGGCCAUCUCUCUUUCUGCCCUAGCAAUCCAUGUGACCGACGUCCUCCCGGAGCGCGUGCGCAUGCUGGCCGUGGAUGUGAAGCUGCCCCUUCAGAGCGUGCUGGCCGCCGUCCUCAGCGAGCAGCACCCGGCGCCCUCACUCCGACCGAAGAGGUCUCGAGGCGGAGUGUUGCAAGAGGGUGGAAACGUCGGUGGUCCUGGUGACAUGCUCCGGCGCGAGGGCCGGGAGAGCCUCUUGGAGGAGGCAGAGGAGGGAGCGCCGUUGUGCACCGGUGUGGUGUCUGCGGCAUUCCCUACCGAUGUGUUGGCAGAGGUCUGCGAGAUUGAUGCUGCCGGGCCAGAGGACACGUCCGCGCCGGAGGAAGGCGAUGAAGCUACGCCGGCUGUAAGAAGAUGGACCUCGCCGGAUGAUGGGUGGGGGACGCAUCUGAUCCCAUCGGACUUGGAGAAGAUGCCCAUGGGAAUGCCUGUAACAGUAGGGGAGCUUGCGGACUUCCUCUCCCUGGCCUGCUCACCGAAGGCUCAGGAAUCCGAGGAGGAGAUGUUGGACUGGUCGCUGGAGCAGUGGCGAGCGUAUCGCCUGAAGCUGCGCAUGGCAGAGGCCCAGGCCCAGGCGGCCCAGACUCAGACGGAGGAGAAGAUGUCAAGCUCGCGCCUGGACUUGGUCGAAGGGCCAAUUGGUCCCGUAUUGGUUCAUCGUGUGCCCUGUGCUCCGCCAAGACCCAUACUUUGCGCCGAUGAUGCGGAUGCGACCCUCCUGAAGGCAGUGCAGCUGCUGUUGGCGUAUCCGCAGUGCGACGCGCUGCCUGUAGUGAGCCCGGUGCGGUUGACUGUGAUGGCUCACCUGACACUCUCCUGCUGCUUGGCCUUCCUCCUUGGCCGGCUGCGUGGCGAGGAGCUGAUGCCGCUGGCGAGCCUCAAAGUGGGAGAUGGCAGCGGCAGCGCACCCCCCCAGCGGAAGUUCGAGUCCUCCGCAUACCAGCCUUCUGAAGAGUCCAAAGAUGAGGACCAGGAGGGCAACGCCCCUCUGCCUUUUUUGGUUCUCAGCCAGACGCAGCCUUUGAGCGAGCUCCUGUGCUUCUUUGCCAAAACGCAUCACAGCUCCGUUCCCAUUGUAGAGGACGAGAAAGGUGCUUUGGUGUGCAACUUGAGCAGAAGGGACCUCUUGUCAUACCUGGACCUCGCCAUGCAGUCUGCAAGGCAGAGCAAUGCACGAGACUGGGCACCGGAUGCUUCCGAGGAUCUUGUUGAAUUUAACACAUCGGCGCCAAUUGAGGUGCUGGUCAAAGCUCUGAGAAGAUACAGAGUCGCUCAAGCUCAGAUGCAGGCACCGUCGGCAGCGCCUUCCACGCUACAGGAGCAAUCCCUGCUAGACACCCUCAUGGCCGAAGCACCACAGGACCCUGCGAAGAAGGGCCAGGCCCCGCCUGAAGCGACUCGGUUCAGUCCUUUUUUGGUUUUGCCUUCCGCGGCGUCCAUGGCUGCCGGGGCGGCGGCAGCUGCAGAGAGAGGCCUUCUGCGUCUGCUGCAGCGCUUGGACGAGAAAGCCAAGGAGGAGUCGCAGAAGGAGGAGAAGGAGGCCCUCGACGACAGGGAGGAGAGGGAAAAGGACGACACGAAAGAGAAGACGGAAGCGGAGAGGGCCGAGAGGCAGAAGGAGUCUGAGCUUGAGCUCAGGAGGUACCUUACUACAGAGCUCUCAGAGCUCAGUGGGGUCUGGUCCAAGUCCGAGAGCUCCCAGAGCUCUCAGCUGGUGCGCAGCCUUGGAGAACACUUGCAGAGGCUGUCCUGGGCACUUUGUGCUAAGGCAGUUCGAGCCUUUGUGCCUUUGCAAGAUGACGUCCAGAAGCAGACGGCAGCUCUCACCGACGCCUUCAAUGCUUGGCUGGCAGAGAAUCUGGUAAAUUCAGAGCUCGAACUGUCGGAGGAAGCCUGCCGAAGCAUGGAGGAGCAUCUGCAAGCCCUCGACGCCAUUUCUUACCUUCGGUGUUGCUACAGAUGGGUGAUUUCCACCGAGGCCAAAGUCCGGUUCCUCGUGGCGCUUGCCCUGGUGCUGCGCCGCACUUUGGGCUCCAGAGAGACAAGAGGAGGCUGCUUGAGAGAGAUCUCGGAGCGACUGCUCCUUCGCUUCUUCGAGGGAGGCGACCUGGAAGCUUCCAGGCAGCAGUGCUUCGCCUGGCUGGAGGGGAGGCUUGGGCGCUACGACCGGGAGUGGCGCCGGACGGCAGAGAAGGCGAAGGCGCUAGGCUUCCAAGGCGAGCUCCGACGGCACGUAGGCCGCGCCCUUGAGAAGGAGAAGGCUGAGCAGCACUCCGAGUUUCUGGAGCUGCAGUGCUGGCCAAUGGCCGGCUGUGCCGUGGCCAAAGCUCUCGUCUGCUUCGCAGCCGAAUACUCCUUGCAAUCCUGUCCUGAGCAUAGUCUCCAACCGGCAGCGCUGCUCCACGUGCUCAACGAGCUACUCGACCCAUUUGACGUCGAGGAGUCUCGCGGGCUCCAAGGAGGCGUUCGUCUAAAUGCAACCUGGGAGGCCAUGAAAGCUGAGAGCGAUGCCCCUCCUCCGCAGCCUCCACAGCCCUCAAAGGAGGAGCCUCCGCAGCCUACACCUCCCCUUGCCAAGGCCAGGUCUAGUGCAGCUAGCAACUCAAGCACGAAGCCGUCAACUGAAGCCGCGCCAGCCAAAGCGCCGCAGCCUCCCUCUCCCAAAAACACCACUGGCGCGGCCGCGAGCCCUGGUGCAAUGCCAGAUACGAAAGCACCAGAGCAGGCGCAGGAGACGCAGGACACACAGAAGCUGAGCCGCAGCCGGAGCAAGCGGAGCAGCAGCGCGAGCCUGCAACCCAAGCUCCUGAAGGCUAGGAAAACAGGACCGAAAGAGCCGAAGGAGCCAAAAAAGGCAUCAAAGGACAAAGGCGACGCCGGCGAGGCACAGGAUGCUCCAGCUCCUGGUGGGUCUUCGAAGGAGAAAAGAAGCAACUCCUCGAGCUCCGAGCCAAAAGCGAAGAAAGCUCCGCCUCCUCACCCGAAUCACCCGAGCCAUGUGAAUGCCGGCCAGUAUUUUUAUCCCAUGCACUGGGGACCUCACAUGGCAAUGCCUGGAAUGAUGCCAGGACACAGGCCUGGCCUUCCCUUGACCAUGCUGCCGCAGCCUUACCUAAUGCCCGGCAUGCCCAUGCCGAUGGGGGUGGAUAAGAAGAAAAAGGAUAAGCACGACAAGCAUGACAGGCGGAAGGAGAAGCACCGCAAGGAGAAGGAGCGAGAAAAGGAGCGGGAAGAAAGCGAAUCGGAGUCCGCACACGAGAAGAAGCGUCGGAAAAAGAAAGAAAAGGCAAGUGACUUCCUGGGAGCCAGCAUCGCAUACGAGAAGGAGCUCUCGUUAAGGGAGAUCAUCCUCCGUUUAUUGGAGGCUGAGAACCGGAAGGUCCUCCUGCUCCAGGACCCAGGGGAGAAGAUGCUGAGGCGGAUCAUCUCUGCCGAGGAUGUCUGGAGGCUUCUGAUUGGUCCGGAGAAGGCGGCGUCUUCACUACAGGAGGUGACGCUGUAG